AAAGCGUAUGCGUGUAGCACGCAGCAAGAGAACUUGCAUCUUCAAUCCAUCAUUCAAAAUGGCUUUGAAACUAACACAUUUGACAACUCCGGUGUUGUUUCUAGCUACAUUGCUCGUUCUCCAGCUCGUCCCAACAGCUUUAUGCCAUGCCAACCGGACUGUGCCAUCGGAUCCAGAAUCAAACCUAGACGCUUGGAUUGCGCUAAACAUGAAACAGUACAAGCAGGCUUCAAAGCACAGCCUUCUCAACAACGCCCUAUUCGCAUCCCUUAGCAAAGCUCCAAUGAAGAUCAUCAAGGUCAGGAAAGAUGGUGCCGGAGAUUUCAAGACGGUGACCGAUGCCGUUAAGAGCAUUCCGUCAGGAAAUUCAGACCGAGUGAUUAUAUAUAUUGCUGGCGGUAAGUAUAGAGAACAGGUAGUCGUCGAUAGGUCGAAGCCCUUCGUGACGUUCUAUGGGCAAAAGGGCAAUAUGCCUACCAUAACGUAUGACGCUACAGCAAAGAAAUACGGAACCUGGAAAAGCGCCACUGUGGCCAUUGAGUCUAGUAACUUUAUGGCAGUCAAUAUUAUCUUUGAGAAUUCAUCUCCAAAACCAGAUCCCAGAAAAUCCGAUGGACAGGCAGUGGCAUUGAGGAUAUCAGGGGACAUGGCAGCAUUCUACAAUUGCAGGUUCAUAGGAUUCCAAGACACCUUGUGUGAUGACGUGGGCAGGCAUUUGUUUGAGAACUGCUACAUCGAAGGGAGUGUUGAUUUCAUAUUUGGAAAUGGAAAAUCCCUCUACAGGGGCACCACCAUAAAAUCGGUCGCAGAGAGAUUGGGUGUGAUCGCAGCACAAGAUAUGAAUGGCUUAUCAGGGGACAGCGGGUUUGUAUUCGUCCAUUGCAAGAUACUGGGGACUGGUGAUAUGUACCUUGGUCGAGCAUGGAAGCAGACAUCUCGGGUUGUAUUUGCCUAUACAUACAUGGGCAGCAACAUCAAUGGUGGCGGCUGGAUGAAGUCUCAGAACCAAAAGAAUGUGUUUUAUGGAGAGUACCAAUGUUCGGGCCCAGGGUCAUCUGCCUCCAAACGCAAAUUUGGAAAGAUGCUUUCUGCCGAUCAAGUAAAGCCCUUCUUGAGCACCUCUUUUAUCGGAGGAAGCCAGUGGCUUGUCCCAGUUCCAAAGAUUGGAUAAAAACUCAUUACAACUUCCCAAAUGCAUAAGGGCGGGCAGUUAAGCUGUAACUACAUAUUAACAUCCAAUAUUACACUCAGUUGCAUUUUUUUUUU